AUGGCUCCCAAGAGACGCCCAGUCAACGUCGUCCGCUCCGGUAAUGCAGGCAACUCCUCGAAACCAUCAGCAACUCCGGCAGCCCCAGUGGACCCGAACGCACCCCAUGGCACAUUUCGAGAUGGAACCCCAAGGCCAGCACCUCUGUUUCCUGCGGGAUACAAGACGCCAAUAGCAGUUCUGAAUGAGAAGUGCCAGAAGAUGGGGUGGGAGAAGCCUGUUGUGGAGAGCCAUGCAAACAGGGGAUCACAGUCUUUCACUGGCAGCGUGAUUCUGAAGAAGCGCGUUUCCAAGAAUGUGUACAACCUUGAAGAGGUUCGAUUUGUGCCCCACCCGCCCUUGGAGAUUGCUACAGCUGCUGAGGCAAAGCAUUGGGCUGCUACCUACGCUCUGUUCCGGUUCUGCUCCAACCUUCCCAUGGCCAUGACACUCCCACCCUCCAUUCGUCCGUACUGGUCAACCCUCACAGCCGACAAGGCAGCUUCUCCGCCUCAUAGAGCCUGGGAGUUCAACCCCGACCCUUUUGCGGCCAAGAAGGAAGUUUCAGACCGGCAGAACAAACGGCAAGAGAAGGAAGAAGAGAAAACAAAGGCUGCAGAAUCUGGUUCUGGAGCAGGGAGCGGGAGGAACACGCCCGCGGUCAGACAAGAGGCCAAGGGAGGGCGGGGGGCGGCUUGGGACAAUGCCCCAGAGGUCAAAAUGGCUGCUGCUUUGAGAGAGAUGGUGGAGGGGACUGUUCGCAAAAUGAUGCAGCAGUUCCCGUCUGCUGUCCUCGAAGCCAGUCGUGAUGCCACGGCCACAGCAUCGACCUCUCCCUCAGGGGUCAAUACUCCCGCUCUCGACCUGUCUUCUCUGCAGACUCAGCUCACGACCCUCGGCUUCCGACCUUCCCAUAUCAAUUCAUGCACCAGUGCUAUAGCAUCGGCAACCUCCCGUCUUCAGUCCUCUUCGACUUCUACCAAAGAUCCUCUCGUGCUCGCUCUGAGCAUCUUGUCGCCUUUGGAGGCUGCUAUCGAAUGGCUUCUUCUUCAUGUCCCAGAGGACGACCUUCCUCAGCGAUAUCGCCCCUCGUCGAGCUCUGCCGACUUUAUUACUGGUAGCAGCACAAAGUCCGCUGGAAAAUCUGCGCUCGUGAAGUCCUGGCUCAUCGACAAGCUUGUCAAGCAAGCCGGAUUUCCUCGUAAACCUGUAGAGGUCAUUCUCGCAGAAGAAGAAUGCGAGUCUGCAGCCUUAGAUAAGCUCGGGAGGAGGCUUUGUGGGUGGGAAGAAGGCGAGGACGGAUGGGGUGUGGAAGAGUAUGGAAGUGGGUGGAUCGCUGGGGAUGAAGGUGCGGAAGAGGAGAGGAAACAACAUCGAGAGGAAGAGGUUAUGGCUCUUUCGGCCGUCUUGGGAGAGAGGUUUGAGGAAGUUUCGACGUCAGAGUACACUAUCCACAUCACACCUGAAUUCAGCAACACUCCUGAUUCCAUUGACCUGCACAUCAUCUUUGACGAGGUCUCUCCAUAUCCUUCGGCUCAGCACCCUACCCAUGCCCCGACAUUCUACCUCUCCUCCGAAACACUCCCUGCCUAUAUCAGACUACACCUCCACGCUCAGCUGAUGCGACAAUUUAGAGAUCCCGAGAGACAUGAUCUAAGGUCGGUCUUGGAGAGCGGCUGGGGUGGAGCGGUUUUGAGUAUGGUUGAAUAUCUGGAGACGACUCUUCAAGAAGCUGUCGAUAGACCGCCAGACGUGGGCGAAGUCACAAAGUAUCUAGCGCCCAAGGUGGAAGAGCUCGUCCCCGAGGUUCGAGCCGUGCAGAAGAGAAAAGUGCAACAGGCGAGAAAUCGAGGGGAGAAGAGAAAGCCUACGGUAGAGGAUGAGGAGCGGGUGAAGAGAAGGAGGCAGGCAAUGCUGGAUCACCGAGAGUACGAGGCGAUGAUGGAUGUGAGGAUGAAUCUGCCGGCUUGGAAGGAGAGAAAUAGCAUCACGGAUGCGCUGGAGCAGAAUAGAGUGCUCGUCGUCGUCGGAGAGACGGGUUGUGGUAAGAGUACACAGCUCCCCCAGUUCAUCUUGGAUCACGAGAUUCUCGCUGGUCGCGGUGCUUCGACCAACAUUCUCGUCACCCAGCCCCGUCGAGUAGCCGCCAUGGGAGUUGCUUCCCGAGUCGCGCAAGAGCGUAUGGAGGAUCUGGACAAAUCCCCUGGCACAGUAGGAUAUGCCAUCCGAGGCGAACGUCGGUCCGGGCCGGAUACCAGUGUGCUCUUCUGCACGACUGGUGUGAUUCUGAGACGUCUGGGAAGUGGAGACCCUGAUCUGAGAGGGGUCAGUCAUGUCGUGGUAGAUGAGGCGCACGAAAGAGGAGUGGAUACCGAUCUUCUCAUCUGUUUGCUACGAGAUCUGCUGGAGAGAAAUGAGGACAUCAAGAUCAUUCUGAUGUCUGCUACUAUCAACGAACAAAUAUUCAUCGACUACUUUGGCGGCUGUCCCAGUCUGAAAAUUCCUGGUUUCACUCACCCAGUGAAGGACAUCUAUCUUGAAGAUGUAAUCUCCAAACUUCGCUACUCGCCCACGCCUUCUCGCUUCGGCCCUCGCCAGACGGAAGAGCAAAAAGCGUCCCUGCGAGCUGAGUUUUCUCAGCUCAAGCUUUCACCCGACCAUCAGCGCGCCCUUGAAGUCAUUUCUGCUUCUGACAGGAUCGACUAUGGGCUCGUGGCGGCUGUUGUCAAACACAUUGUCAACACUGCUACUUCGCCGGAUGGUGCUGUGCUCAUCUUCAUGCCUGGUGUGAUGGAAAUCCGACAAUGUAUCACCGAACUCGAGAGAGCGUCGCUGGGAUCCGUCGCAAUCAUGCCUCUCCAUGCCAACCUUUCGUCCGCGGAACAGCGACAGGUCUUUGUCGCGACGAAGCCCAGGAGAAAGAUUGUUGUCGCGACCAACGUCGCUGAGACUUCCGUCACCAUCCCCGAUGUCAUCUACGUGGUUGACGGCGGUAAGGUGAAGGAGACACAGUACGAAGCGGAGAAUGGGAUGCAAAAGCUCGUGGAGUGCUGGACUAGCAGGGCGUCUGGAAGGCAGAGGAGAGGUCGUGCCGGUCGUACGCAACCAGGAGAGUGCUACAAGCUCUACACUCGGCGUACAGAGAAUAACUCUAUGCCUCGUUUCCCCAUCCCGGAAAUCUUGCGGACACCUCUGGAAGCACUGUUCUUACAGGUGAAGGCGAUGAAUGAAGACACCGACGUGAAAGCAUUUUUGGGCAAAGCCAUCGACCCGCCUAAGAUGGAUGCUAUCAAUGCUGCCUGGCAGACUUUGCAGGACCUUGGUGCAGUCGAGGGUGAAGAUCACAAGAGCCGCUUGACAGCUCUUGGAAGACAUAUGAGCUCCAUCCCUGUCGACUUGAGACUGGCCAAGAUGCUAGUUUUGGGAACGAUCUUCAAGUGCCUUGAUCCAAUUCUCACAAUAGCUGCCAUCCUGUCCUCAAAGCCCCUGUUUACUUCGCCCAUUGAUAAACGUGAAGAAUCCAAGAAGGCCCGAGAGUCAUUCGCGUGGGCAAAGUCCGACUUGCUUACCGAUGUUCGUGCCUACGACGCGUGUAUGGAUGUGAGGAAGAAGGGUGGAAGUCACGGCGCUGUCAAGACCUUUUGUGAUGAUAACUUCAUCUCUUUCACGACUCUGCGAGACAUCACCUCUCUCCGCACGGAUUUCCUCUCUGCACUCUCCUCGCUGGGGUUCUUCUCUUCGACAUCAGCUGCUGAGCUUGCCAAGUAUAAUGUCAACGCCAAAGUCGACAAUCUCGUGAAGAGUGUUAUCGUGGGUGGCCUGUAUCCUCGGGUGGUGCGGGUCGCGAUGCCCAAAGCUCAGUACGAAAGAGUCCAGCAGGGAACGAUUCAAAAAGACCACGAAGCGAAAGAAGUCAAACUCUUUGAUCAAGCGGGCAGGGUAUUCGUUCACCCCAGCUCCAUUCUCUUCAACGAAUCGGGCUUCAAAUCUGGAUACCUCGCCUACUUUUCAAAGGCUGAGACCAGCAAGGUAUUUUUGCGAGACGCCACCGAGGUCCCCUUGUACGGCAUGCUCCUGUUUGGAGGGCAGAUCACCAUCAAUCACUGGGCGGGCGGCAUCAUGCUCGGCACAGAUGGCCACGUCAAGAUCCGAGCGAACACGAGGAUUGGCGUUCUGUGUUCGCAAUUGAGGCGUCUCUUGGAUGCUCAGCUGACGGAGCAGAUCGAGUCGCCUCAUGCUGCUGAUCUGACAGGGCACGAUGAUGUUGUGCAGGCCAUGUUGGCGCUGUUGCAGCGCGAUGGAUUGACAAUGUGA